GCUUGGUGGGAUACAGGCAUAUACUAAUUUCAAUGUUCUUGUGUUGACCGAGACUCACCUCAGCCCAACAUCUUCAGUUCGAAUGCUACAAAAUGCAUUUAGCAACUGGCAUUUCCGUCAUGUCCCUUGCAAUUGUGGCCCCAGAGGUAGAGGUCAAAAUGGGGUGGCCAUUCUUGUCCACCCAACACUAGGUUGCGGUGGGCCACAAAACGUCCACAUCGGGCCCUUGGGACAGGACGAUCACCGGCAAAUAGCAGCCACUCUAACAAGCGGCGUGCAUACUUGUCACCUUGUUGGCUUACAUUAUAGGUCAGGCGUACAUGGACCUGGAUCACAGGCUGGAGCCAACAAAGUCUUGCAGAUGAACGCUACUGUGGAUCAUUAUGCCCAGUUUGGACCAAACAAUGCAACAACAGUUUGGGUGGCUGUUGGUGAUACCAAUAUCAGCAUUUCUGACCCUAUGUUGGGACAAAUGCAGAGAUCCUUCUCGAAUAUUGGCAUGCGGAUAGAGUCAUAUCUUCAAUUAGGCACAACGAACCGCAAUGGGAACAAAACGCAUCCCUGGACUCAUCUUGGGCCUUCAGGUGCUUCCAAUAAUAUGCUCGAUUAUGCCAUGGUCCGCUCGUCACCUAGUCUACUAUCCAGAGUUGAUCUGGUAAAUACUCCUCCCAUCUCGUCAGAUCAUCCUAACUACUUAGUAGUAACCAUAGGCCUUGCUCAAGAUGUGACUCCAAAGCCACAUUGCAGUAAUUGGUCGGUCGGGAAAAUAUGCUGUAUUCACUGUGGCAGGGGCAAUGAUGUCACUUCUCAUGGCCCACCCUGUCCAUGUAUUGAUAUACCUGGUUUGGUUGACAUGGCCACGGAUAGGAGUCGGCAUGUGCGCCCGUUACCAACACCUGCGUCUCAAGUGAGAGCCACACAACGGAAAAAUGCCAAAGUGCGCAAAGACGCUGGUCUACCACCCCUGAAACGAGGUCAAAAUAUUAGUCGGUCCCAGAGGAAACCAGACAGAGAGAAGGUGUCGGAAGUAACCAAGCGUAGGGAUGCUGCCAAAGCGCGCAUAGCCGCUGGUCAACCACCUCGGAAGAGGGGUGGUCAAAGGAAACCAGACAGAGAGAAGGUGUCGGAUGAUACCAAACGUAGGGAUGCUGCCAUUGCAAGCAAAGACGCUGGCUUACCACCUCUGAAAAGAGGUGGCCAGACGAAGCCGGACAGGAGUACCCUUUCUACGGGAGCCCAACUGAGAGAUGCUGCCAAAGCACGCAAAGACGCAAAUCUGCCACCUGUGAAAAGAGGCCGGCCCUUGGGUAGCAUAUUUAAAUAACUACAUUUUUUUCAUUGUCAUUUCAAUGAUCAUCAUUCAUUUCAUAUUUCAUAUAUUUUUCACUACUUUUUCUUGUGGAUGACAGUUUUCAUUUUCUCUUCUUCUCACAUUCGAUGUAAUGCAAGUAUAAUAAAACAUACACACACGUAGUUGUGAAGUUAUUAUGUUGGCCCUCUCGGAGAGCUGUCUUCUCUUGUGUACCUUCACAUUUUCGCCCACGACUACUACGAUUACUGCCUCACUGCACUCCACUCAACUCCACAAGUCUUCCCCACAUUCUGGAUGAGAACAGGAAAAUGAAAUUGCAAUUCACUUUAUUCCGAGAGAAGGAAAUCGAUCCUGAUUUCUUUCGCUAUGGUGGUAAACUUCUCAUGGAUUUCACGGAACAUAGCUCCACAAUUUUGACAAGGCUUCCUUCGAGGAAUAUUAAAUCAGUCAAAUGAAAAUGAAUGGAGACAGCUACGACUUUGUCAUUGUGGGAGGUGGGAUCGUCGGAUGUGCUACAGCCAUGGCUUUAAGUGGAACCUAUCCAAACCUAAAAAUGGCUCUGUUAGAGAAAGAAUCUCUACUUGCCAAGCAUCAGUCAGGACAUAAUUCUGGGGUCAUACACGCUGGGAUCUAUUAUACACCGGGCUCGCUGAAAGCAAAGUUGUGUGUUGAAGGCAUGCGGUUGAGCUACGAGUACUUAUCUAAACGCGGCAUCCCCUACAAAAAAGUUGGAAAGUUAAUAGUGGCCGUCAAACCGGACGAAAUCCCUCGAUUGCAAAAUUUGUACGAUCGAGGCUUGAAAAACAAUGUGCCAGGACUCAAACUAAUCGACGGACAACAAAUCAAGGACUACGAACCCUACUGUCAGGGACUGAUGGGAAUAUGGUCGCCGGAAACUGGCAUCGUUGACUACACACAAGUGACGAGAUCCUACGCCAACGAUUUUAUUGAAUCAGGAGGGAAAAUCCAUACAAACUUCCCCGUAACUAAAUUCCAAAUAAGUUCCCAAUCUUCAAGCAACCAAAGGGCUAAUGUUCCAAAUAGCAAGCAGUCAGGAAACGACUAUCCUGUAUUAGUGUUUAACAAUAAGGGAAAAAGCAUCCGGGCAAAGUAUGUACUCACGUGUGGAGGACUUCAAUCCGACCGCCUCUCGGAAAUGUCUGGUGGUAGUCGCAACCCACGAAUAAUUCCUUUCAGAGGUGAAUAUCUCCUCUUAAACAAAGACAAGGCACACAUGAUCCGAGGAAAUAUAUAUCCGGUUCCAGAUCCCAGGUUCCCGUUUCUUGGAGUCCACUUUACUCCACGGAUGGAUGGUAGUGUCUGGCUGGGACCCAAUGCUGUGCUCGCCUUGAAGAGGGAAGGAUACCGUUGGAGAGAUGUUGAUGUCAGAGAUGUCUGGGAUGCCAUUCGGUAUCCAGGAUUUCAAAAGCUUGCACUGAAAUACAUUGGCUUCGGAUUAGGGGAAAUGCUUCGCUCUGCUAUGCCCAAUCUUCAGCUUGGAGCUCUCCAAGAAUAUAUUCCCGACAUUAGUCCACAAGAUAUAACAAGAGGACCUGCUGGAGUGAGAGCACAGGCCAUGGAUGAAGCCGGAAAUUUGGUGGAGGACUUCGUAUUCGAUUCAGGAAAAGGCGAGCUAAGUGACCGAGUACUCCACGUCCGCAAUGCUCCUUCACCCGGAGCAACAUCAAGUCUUGCCAUCGCAAAAAUGAUUCUAGAAAAAGUUACUGCAAAAUUUUCGUUAUAAUUGCACGGCAUGUUACAUUUAUGAUUAUGAUAGACAUGUACAAGCUAGACCGAUGUCUCCAUUCAGCAUUAAAUUAGACGCAGGUAUUUUUCUAUGUACCAUUUAUUUAGCUAACAAGCAGCAGGCCCUGUAACAAUGGUUAAUUAUGUUAUGGCUAGACUAUUGUUGUUAUUUAAAUAUCUAAUAUUGCCAGUUUUUCGCUUCUGAAAUAAGUCUUCGGUGCUAUUAGCUUAAAACUGAUGACACUGGUAUCCAAUGCUACUACAUAACGAAUACUGAUAUAUUUCUAAAUAAUACAUCUUACAUUGAAUUCUUUGGAAAUGUGUGUUUCUUUAUCUGAAUCAAUUCACAAUAAAUAUCAACUGUCAAUUCGA